UUUAGGGCAGAUCGAGUUCCAUACUGCGUUCCAACUGCUAACAGUUGGAUACGGCUUCUUUCAAGAUCAUCUAGAAAAGUUGAAGCUGAUGCAAGAGGCUCCACUGCCCUGAACUCACGGAUGUCAGGGAGCCACCUGAGCAUGCCUUGACGGUAUGCCCGAGGUUCAGCGCUGAUCGUCGCCGCAUGAAUAGCCGAGUCGGCAUUGAAGCAGUGUAGAUUCCCGGUAUUCCAUUCCUCAGUUCAGUUCAGGCCUCGAGCAUUGCUGGUAACCUUUCCGAGCACAUCAAGCGCGCUAGCACGAAAAAUGUCAAUCCAAACGCUGGAAAAAUGUGAGAAGUACUUCGGUACGAAGGAUAUCUAUAAAUUGUUCGGUAUCGAGAAAAGCGAGACAAUUCCAGACAUCAGAAAAGCGUACUAUCGACUCUUGCUGCAGGACCAUCCUGGCGCGGCUUCCGAAAGCGACAAGCCAGUGGCGAUCGAGAAAGCGAAACUACUCGAAACUCUGUACUACGUCCUCGGCGAUCCGGAUGCGCUCGCUCAAUACAACGAGCAUGGCGUCAUCGAUGCGGAAACCGAAGCUGCUGUAAAUGAGAAGUACAACGGGCUGUUUCGCAGACCAGCAACGAUGGAAGAUAUCGACAUCUACCAUGAGUGCUACAAAGGGUCUCGUAAGGAGUGGGCCGACAUCAAGAAGGAGUACCUGAAAGGAAAGGGUUGCAUAAACUGGAUGAUGAAGCAUCUGCAAUUCAUGCAGUACAUAGACGAGCCGCGGCUUAUCGCAAUAGUGCAAGCAAUGAUCGAUUCGAAGGAGGUACCGGAGUACGAGACUUUUACGAAGGAACCGGCAGAGAAGCGCUACUGUCGGCACUUGCAGUUUAUUCUUGAGGCUGGAAUAGUCUACAUGCUGCGGAAGAAAGAACAGCGAGGUCUGGAUCGGGCCAAAGACGAGCAGACGCUAGCGGCCGAGAGACAGGUUGCGUUCGACGAAAUAAUGAACUCCAUAGAGGCAAGAUACCGAGAUGCCCAGAAACAAAAAGGAAAUUGCCGACAAUACUAAACAGGGAACAGCUUCUUACGUGUAGGCAGGUCCACUGCACCACUUCACUUCAUCCAACAGGCUAGAUACGAUCGGUUAGACCUCGUUUGUAACCCGUUAAUUUACAGGAAAGUGAUGUGAGAAAUGACUAAAUAUCGUGUGCGCUUGCCUAAUCUCACGCUCGUUUUGGGUUUCGAUGUCUGGUGUGCCUAGCUCUACAGUAGCACCAUUUUUCUUCCGCAGAUUUUCCUUCAAUAAAUAUAUCAAAAUCCGAUUGUUGUUGAAAGCUA